AUGGCCCUGUAUUUUGACCACCAAAUAGAAGCCCCGGAUACAGCUGGGUCACCAUCACACAUCAGCUGGCACCCUGUCCAUCCAUUCCUGGCGGUCGCCUAUGUCAGCCCAACCUCAGGAGGCAGUGUGGAUGUAUACCUGGAACAAGGUGAGCAUUUGCCCGAUUCACACAUUGAGAGGCCAUUUCGGGUCACUUCCCUGUGCUGGCACCCGACACGACUGGUCUUGGCUGUUGGCUGGGAGACUGGAGAAGUGAUAGUGUUCAACAACCAGGACAAGGAGCAGCACGUGGUGCCCCCAACACACACUGCUGACAUCUCUGUUCUUGACUGGAGCCCCCGCGGGAACUGCCUCUUGUCUGGGGACAGGCUUGGUGUCCUGCUCUUGUGGAAGUUGGACCAAAGGGGUCGAGUACAAGGGACACCCCUGCUAAAACACGAGUAUGGGAAACCCCUCACACACUGCAUCUUCCGGCAACCCCCUCCUGGCGAGGAUCUGGUUCAGUUGGCGAAGGCGGCUGUGAGUGGUGACGAGAAAGCCCUGGAUAUGUUUAACUGGAAGAAAAGCAGCUUUGGAAGUUUCUUGAAGAUUGGGUCUCAGGAGGGGCAGUUGUUCUUUGUCAGUCUGAUGGAUGGGACAGUGCACUAUGUGGACGAGAAGGGUAAGACCACGCAGGUGGCCUCCACAGACAGCUCCAUCCAGGCGCUAUUCUACAUGGAGCAAAGACAGGUGCUGGUGGUGGUUACGGAGAAUCUCCUGUUGUCCCUGUACACAGUGACUCCCGAGGGCAAAACCGAAGAAGUGAUGAAGGUCAAGUUGAGUGGGAGAACAGGUCACUGGGCAGACAUUGCUUUGAUUGAAGGCAGCCUUCUGGUGAUGGCCACAGGGGAAACUACCCUUAGAUUCUGGGAUUUAGAACGAGGAGAGAAUUACAUACUGAGUCCAGACGAGAAGUUUGGGUUUGAAAGAGGAGAGAAUGUAAACUGUGUUUGUUACUGUAAAGUCAAAGGUCUUCUGGCAGCUGGCACCGAUAGAGGGCGAGUAGCCAUGUGGAGAAAAGUACCAAGCUCUCCGUGCAGCCCAGGGGCGGAGGGCAGGGACAGGUGGACCCUUCAAACCCCCACCGAGCUUGAAGGAAACAUCAAGCAGAUAAAGUGGGGCUCCAGGAAGAACCUACUGGCAGUGAACAACGUCAGCUCUGUGGCUAUCCUCAGCGAGCGGGCCAUGUCAUCACACUUCUACCAGCAAGUGGCUGCUGUGCAAGUGUCCCCAAGCUUGCUGCAUGUGUGCUUCCUAUCCACAGGGGUAGCACAUAGCUUGCGCACGGACAUACACAUCAGUGGUGUGUUCGCCACCAAGGAUGCAGUCGCUGUCUGGAAUGGAACACAGGUGGUGAUCUUUGAGUCUUCUGGGUCCACGAUGCAGAGUGCAGGGACCUUCCUGUGCGAGUCUCCAGUGCUAGCAAUGCACGAAGAAAGUGUUUAUACGGUGGAGCCGAACCGAGUUCAAGUUCGAACCAGGCAGGGGACUGUCAAGCAACUCUUGCUAUUCUCUGAGACUGAGGGGAACCCAUGCUUCUUGGACAUCUGUGGAAAUUUCCUGGUUGUAGGGACAGACUUAGCUCACUUUAAAAGCUUUGAUCUUUCCCGAAGAGAGGCCAAAGUGCACUGCGACUGCAAGAACCUGGCUGAGCUGGUCCCCAGUGUGGGGGCCAUCACGUCCCUCAGAUGCAGCGCCAGCGGGAACAAGAUCAGCAUCCUUCUCAGUAAGGCUGACAACAGCCCUGAUUCCAGAAUCUGCUUCUACGAUGUUGAAAUGGACACUGUGACCAUCUUCGACUUUAAGACUGGACAGAUUGAUUGGACAGAGAUGCUGCCCUUUAAUGGGCAAGAGACUAAUAAGACCCCCCUCUUUGCAGAUGAGAGACUGACAAACUAUGUUCCCGUGAGCCAUUUCUGGGAUCAGGGUGAGCCCAGGCUUUUUGUGUGUGCGGCUGUGCAGGAAGUGCUGGGCGCCCAGCCGCAGGCCGCAGACCAACAGUCCCUCGCAGACCGGAGCACCAGCCCCACGGCCGAUGUUUUGAUCUUGUCAUUCUUCAUUUCGGAAGAGCAUGGCUUCUUGCUUCACGACAGCUUUCCCCAGCCUCCUGCCUACCAGGCUCUUCUGGGAAUGGAAGUACCCCAUUAUUACUUCACAAAAAAGCCUGAAGAAGCAGAUAGAGAAGACAAGGAGGAUUCUGGGUAUCAUCAUACCCCCCAGAUGGUCGCCUGGAGACCCCUGCGAGACUUCGUCGGGCUAGAGGACUGUGACAAACCCACUCGGGAUGCCAUGCUCAACUUCAGCUUCUUUAUCACCGUUGGAGACAUGGACGAAGCCUUCAAAUCUAUCAAACUCAUCAAAAGUGAGGCUGUCUGGGAGAACAUGGCACGCAUGUGCGUGAAGACCCGGCGACUGGACGUGGCCAAGGUGUGCCUGGGGAACAUGGGCCAUGCCCGUGGGGCCCGAGCACUGCGUGAGGCAGAGAAGGAGCCAGAACUGGAGGCCAGAGUGGCUAUGCUGGCCAUACAGCUGGGCAUGCUGGAGGACGCUGAGCAACUGUACACAAAGUGCAAGCGCUAUGACCUUCUGAACAAGUUCUACCAGGCCUCAGGCCAGUGGCAGAAAGCCCUGGAGGCGGCCGAGUUCCAUGACCGUGUGCACCUGCGCACCACCUACCACAGCUAUGCCAGGCACCUGGAGGCUAACGCUGACUGCAACCUGGCCCUCAAUUACUACGAGAAGUCAGACACCCACCGCUUCGAGGUGCCCAGGAUGCUCUCCGAGGACCUGCAGUCCCUGGAGUGCUACAUCACUAACAUGAAGGACAGGACCCUGUGGCGAUGGUGGGCCCAGUACCUAGAGAGUCAGAGCAAGAUGGAUGCCGCGCUGAGCUACUAUGAGCUGGCCCAGGACCACUUCUCCUUGGUUCGCAUUUACUGCUUCCAGGGCAACAUUCAAAAGGCUGCUGAAAUAGCCAACGAGACCGGGAACUUGGCGGCAUCAUACCACCUCGCCCGCCAGUACGAGAGCCAGGAGGAGGUGAGGCAGGCAGUACACUUCUACACGCGGGCACAGGCCUUCAAGAAUGCCAUCCGCCUGUGCAAGGAGAACGGCCUGGAUGAUCAACUCAUGAACUUGGCCCUGCUGAGCUCCCCAGAGGACAUGAUCGAGGCAGCCCGAUACUAUGAGGAGAAGGGUGAACAGAUGGACAGGGCAGUCAUGCUGUACCACAAGGCCGGCCACUUCUCCAAGGCCCUGGAGCUGGCUUUUACCACCCAGCAGUUUGUGGCCCUACAACUCAUAGCAGAGGACCUGGAUGAGAAGUCGGACCCUGCCCUCCUGGCCCGCUGCUCUGAUUUCUUCAUCGAGCACAGUCAGUACGAAAAGGCAGUAGAGCUGUUGCUGGUCGCCAAGAAGUAUCACGGAGCCCUGCAGCUGUGCCUGGAACAGAAUAUGACCAUCACCGAGGAGAUGGCCGAGAAGAUGACUGUGCCCAAGGACUGCAAGGACCUAUCUGAGGAGUCCCGGCGGGAGCUGUUAGAGCAGAUCGCAAACUGCUGCAUGCGCCAGGGCAGCUACCACCUCGCAACAAAGAAGUACACGCAGGCCGGGAACAAGGUGAAGGCCAUGAGGGCACUGCUUAAGUCCGGAGACACGGAGAAAAUCGUGUUCUUCGCGGGCGUCUCCAGGCAGAAGGAAAUCUACAUCAUGGCUGCCAACUACUUGCAGUCCCUGGACUGGCGGAAGGAGCCGGAAGUCAUGAAGAACAUCAUCAGCUUUUACACCAAAGGGCGGGCCCUGGACCUCCUGGCUGGCUUCUAUGAUGCUUGUGCCCAGGUGGAGAUUGAUGAAUACCAGAACUAUGACAAAGCCCAUGGGGCACUGACUGAGGCUUACAAGUGCCUGUCCAAGGCCAAGGCCAAGAGUCCCUUGGACCAGGAGACCAAGCUGGCACAGCUGCAGAGCAAGAUGACGCUGGUGAAGAGGUUCAUUCAGGCCCGCAGAAUAUACAAGGAGGACCCCAAGGAGUCCAUCAAGCAGUGUGAGCUGCUCCUGGAGGAGCCAGACCUAGACAGCACUGUCCGUGUUGGGGACGUCUACGGCUUCCUGGUAGAGCAUUGCCUACAGAUGGAGGACUUCCAGACGGCCUACAGGCACCUGGAGGAGAUGCGCCGGCGGCUUCCCUCCGUCAACCUGUCCUACUACGUGAGCCAGCAGGCUGUGGAGGCCGUGCACCAGGGCCUAGGCCUCCCCCUGAUGCGUGCCACACCUGAGCGGCUCCGCCACAACAGCUUGGAGGACCACAAGGAGGUGGAUGAGGAGGUGGUGGAAGAGGUGGACAAGGAUCCAUGAUGGGUGCAGCCCGGGCUGACUGGGUGGCACACUGCUGCUGGGAAGUGUCUUCUGGAGGUUUCUAGUCAUCGGUGGCAGCAAAGGCAGCUUUUUUGUUUAUGUCAGAAUCCGUAAGCAGAGCUGUGCUGGGUCUGGUGAGUAGCUGCCUGCACUGCCGCCUCCCGCCGGAGAAGAGAACAGAACAGUGUGCUCGGCAGCUCCCUGUGAGCUUCUGGAUGGGUGCCCUUAAAGGGACUUGAUCCAUCUUUCCCAUGAAUUCCUCCCAGCUGCACACCGUGAAGCCUCACGAGCCGAGGCUGUAUCUGGAGGGCUGGUGAUCCCUGUUCCUUGGUUCACCACAUAUCCCACGGUUACCUGGCAGUUCCCAGCAGGGCCCGGUGCUCCCAAGCAACAGGCGCUCCCAAGCAACAGGCGUCGCCUUGGCCAGUUAUCCAGGGCCCUGAGCCCUGAGGGCUCUGCCCUCUCACCAGAGUGGGGAGGGGGACUUUAGACUCUGCUCACCAGCCAUUCCUGUGACUUCAAUAAAAUUUAUUUUCUUAGG